AUGCGCACUCUUACUCGAAACGCCUCCAGUAUCAUGCUUCACUCGCCCUCUGAUACACUCUACGCAUCCGCUUCGCAAUCGAUUCUGAGUGUCACCGGCCGUCGAAUCUUUGGAUGAAGGUGCAAGGGUCGGGUAUCGAAUUCGAGAUGCGAGACUGCAAACUUAUGCGGGCAGCUGCUCUGCUCUGCUCUGCUCCCGGUGUGGCUCACGCAAGCCAUUGGUCACGAAUGAUGCGCAAGCAGACGCCAUUUGGCCGGGUGGAUGUAACGGAGGUGGAGGAUGUGGAGCCGACAGAUAUAUCGAAAGCCGUUUGGGGGUGGAAUCAGCUCAACCUGGCUUGCUCCCGUUCAAUCACAACAAAGUGAUUCGGCAUUCAUUGGUCCAAAUCAUCCCUGAUCCUCACGCAUAUCAAAAGCGGGCAACCGAAUCCUAAGAGUCACGAGUGCAAAAGGGGCGUGCAGCUGAAUUGAAAUUGCCUUUGAAAGGGUGAGUCAUACUCGUGGCUGGAUGGCAAAAUGCCGUGCAAAGCUUUGAUCUUGAUCGAGUCACGGUCCAUUGGCGGCCCAUGCAAUCACAUUGAAGGAUGUGCAAAAGCUGUGUAAAAGCUGCGUUGGGAGCGCUGCUUAGUUGAGUGCACUUCGUCGCGCUACCAUGAACGCUUGCGCUCGACCUUCACCACUUGACACCCAAUCAAAUGUUACGGGAGUCGUGUGACCCGAAAGCAUUUGUCG